AUGGUCAUCUGCACCCGUCGCGGCUGCGGCGUCGACUUUGAUCCGGCCUCUGCCUCGUCCUCGGCGGCAGCAUCCUGCAUCUACCACCCGGGCGCGCCUGUCUUUCACGAGGGUCUCAAGUCGUGGUCAUGCUGCAAGGACACCAACAAGCCCGUCAUGGAGUUUGACCAGUUCCUCGCCAUCAAAGGUUGCAGCACCGCCAAUGCGCACUCGACAGAGAAGCAGGCGCUGCCAACCAUCAAGAACGGUGUCGUCGUACCUGACCAAGAUGCCUCAUCCGCAGCCGCCGACGUACAGCCAGCGACGAAGGACGCGGACGGCAAAGAGACGUUCGGAAAUGCCGAGUCGGCGGCCGAAGUUGUUCAGCCACUCAAGGGUAUGUCUUUGCUGGCAGCGCAGAAUGCAGCCCAAUCGACGAGCGCAGACAGCAAAGAGGCACGGGCAAACACCGAGACUGUCGAAGAGGAGGACCCCAUCGAAGGCGAUGCUGCCCUUCCGGCGGGUUUGGUGUGCAAGCGCGGAGGAUGCGGAUACAAGCACCCAGGUGGAGCACGCGACCGAGCCAGCGAAGCCUGCAAGCACCACAAGGGCUCGCCCAUCUUCCACGAAGGCUCUAAAGGCUGGUCGUGUUGCAAGCGCAGGGUGUUGGACUUCAACGACUUUUUGCAGAUCGAGCCAUGCACCACCGCCAAGUCGGGCCAUCUCUUCGUUGGCGCACCUAAAGUAGCCACGGACGGCGAUGCAGAUGGAGAAGAAAGCGUGGACUGCCGAAUGGACCACUAUGAAACCCCCAACGACGUGCGCCUCACCGUCUAUGCCAAGGCGGUAGAUGCGGCAGACAGCUCGAUCGAGUUCAAGGAAGACGGCGUCGUUUUCUCGCUUGCGCUGCCUCCAGCGUCUGGAUCGUCUCGCUCGCGUCGCUUCCGAAAGGUACUCAAACCGUUUGCUGCCAUCACUCCAGCUGAGUCGUCGUUCAACAUCACCAAGUUCAAGGUCGACCUGAUUCUCACCAAGCAGCAGAAAGGCCAGAGCUGGCCUUGCCUCGAGAGUGGAGAUCGCGUCAUUGGCUACGGACUCACUUUCGGUCGCGACAAGGAUAAAUGA